ACGGUGUAUUAGCGUCGUGCUAUAUAAACGGACGGGCGCCCAUCGUUUCGGUGUAUUCUGCACGCUCGUCGUAUUCCGAUCGCACUCGUCAUUUUUUAUUAUUUUCAUCCUACUCUCUAUUUGUUCGGUUUCUCAAAAAAAAGGUAACCUAACGCGUUUAAUCGUUUUAUUGAUUACAGUUUGUAAUACUAUUUGAAUUGCACGGAUACCUACUGUUUUUAUACGCACAUUUUUUUUUGACAUCGUCGUUUUCCUCUUGUAUAUUUUAUAGAAAAUAAUACGGCAUCAUGUGCGACGAAGAAGUAGCAGCUUUGGUGGUGGACAACGGUUCCGGUAUGUGCAAGGCCGGUUUCGCGGGUGACGACGCGCCCAGAGCCGUUUUCCCGUCCAUAGUCGGACGUCCGCGGUACCAGGUAUGUACCGGCAUACGAUAUUAGAUUAGAAAAUACGAAAAAAAAAAAGGACCGGGAAUCUAUCGUGUAGAUAUAUAAUAUAAUAUUACGGUGCCUAUCCGUCGGCGUUUGAAAAAUCCAAUAGACUCACUAACCCGUCGUGUUACAACAUUGGAUAUAGCUAAUACUGUCUUCUUAGCGGCUUGGCGAACCUCCGGAGGUUCCCAUCGCUAUAAUGUAGUAUUGUUACAUAGUUUUCCCCGAUUAUUCCUUCCGUUACUCGACAAUAAAAAAAGAAAUACAGCACGUAUGCUGACCGAGAGAAAACGUCGAUAUUGCACUCGAGAUGUCACGUGCCUUUUUUUUUUUUUUUUAUUGUACCUUUAGGGCAUCAUGGUAGGCAUGGGCCAAAAGGACAGCUACGUCGGUGACGAGGCGCAAUCCAAAAGGGGUGUUCUGACCGUCAAGUACCCGAUCGAACAUGGAAUCGUCACCAAUUGGGACGAUAUGGAAAAAGUUUGGCACCACACGUUCUACAACGAACUACGAGUUGCCCCUGAAGAACACCCCGUGCUGCUGACCGAAGCCCCGUUGAACCCAAAAGCCAACCGCGAGAAAAUGACCCAGGUGAGCGGUGCGCUGUACCGACAUAUUUCACCGUUACGUGUGAUUUAUUUUAUACGUUAGUUUUACAAAUCUGAAUGAUAUUUUUUUGUUUUUUUUUUUUGACGGUGAUCACUUUUUCGAUUAGUAAAAUUACUUCGAUUGAUACCAUAUAAGUUGCGAAUUUUCCGCCCCGCGACCCUUUAUUUUCUAUUGAGUCUCAAUAAAAAACAGUUUAUCAUAAAAAUGUUCAUGAAAAAACUCGAUGACGAUAUUACAGAUACACCGUAGUUUUAGACAAAAUCAAUAUGUAAGUGGGAAACUGAGAACACUGUUGUAGGUGAGAAGAGAGGAAAUUUAAUAUAUGCAACGAUUAACAAUUGUUAAACAAAAAAACGACUCUAAACAAAGUACAUUUGAUAGUGUUGCAGCUUUGUCAAUAUAUAAUGUCAUAUUAUGGUAAAAUAAUUAUUUAUAAAUUGUAUAUUUUCUUUAAUAAUAUUUGUUUAAUAUUGUACCUAUUUUCCCAUUUUUCUUAAGUUUUUUCCCGGUUUUUCCCAUUUGUUGGGAAAACUUUUGGAAAAAUAAAAAAAUGACCUCCUUAAAGUACCACCCCAAUCAGAUUUUCUUUCAUAAAAAUUUCUAUCAUUGUAUAUCCGAACAAAAUUACUAGUAAAAAAGUUGUUCACAGAUAAUAAAAAAACAUUGUAAAACCAACACAUUUCUCGCUCCACUCAGAAUCUAAAAUUAUUUAUUGAUAUUUUAGGGUGAAACAGUUAAAGACAAUGUGUUAAAAUACAGCUAACUCACAAUAUAUAGUACACAAUAAUCACAGAUUAAUAUUUAGAUUUCGAAUACAUUUGAGAAUGCUUAAAGAUGUGCUUAAAAAAGUUCUCGAAACUUGGAUGUACGGUUGAAUUUGUAAUUUGAACAAUCGCUUAUGAUUUACAGUCAUUGACAGAAUGAAUACACGGGCUAUAAUUAAUUAUACUCUAAAACUGGAGUUAAAAACCAUUAGAGCAACAAAUAUCCGAUUGUCCAAUCCGAAGUCCAUUAAUCCUUAACAUGACAAGUAGAACUCUGAGAUUUAGUACCUCAUUACCGACUUUAUUGUAAUAGUUUUGCGGAUCCAACUGUUAUACUAUAUUUAACCAUUUAGGAUGUGUUAAAGUUAAAAAGGUCAUAAAUGCUGUGAUGGCUUUGCUUUCAUUUUAUUGUAUUAAAUAUUAUCUUAUACCGCAAGUUUUUUUUUUCAGAUUAUGUUCGAAACUUUCAAUACGCCAGCAAUGUACGUGGCCAUCCAAGCCGUACUGUCGCUGUACGCUUCCGGUAGAACCACCGGUAUUGUGUUGGAUUCAGGUGACGGCGUGUCACACACAGUACCCAUCUACGAGGGUUACGCCCUGCCACACGCCAUACUCCGUCUGGAUUUGGCCGGUCGCGACCUCACAGACUACCUGAUGAAGAUCCUGACCGAGAGAGGAUAUAGCUUCACCACAACCGCGGAACGGGAAAUCGUGCGUGACAUCAAGGAGAAGCUCUGUUACGUGGCCCUCGAUUUUGAACAGGAAAUGCAAACGGCCGCGUCAUCCAGUGCACUGGAAAAAUCGUACGAACUUCCCGACGGACAGGUAUGUUAUCAAUUAUAUUAUAAACCACACGAAUAAAUAGAGGUAUUUUAUUUUUCAAUUAAAAAACAAAACCGUGGUCGUAUUAAAACCUAACCUGACCUGACCUUUGCUGUGCAGGUGAUCACCAUCGGCAACGAACGGUUCCGAUGCCCGGAAUCGCUGUUCCAACCGUCGUUCUUGGGCAUGGAAUCAGCCGGAAUCCACGAAACCACGUACAACUCGAUCAUGAAGUGCGACGUGGACAUCAGGAAGGACCUGUACGCUAACACGGUAUUAUCCGGAGGCACCACCAUGUACCCGGGCAUCGCCGACCGGAUGCAAAAAGAAAUCACAUCACUGGCGCCGUCCACGAUGAAAAUCAAAACGAUCGCCCCACCCGAACGCAAAUAUUCCGUGUGGAUCGGUGGAUCCAUUUUGGCAUCCCUGUCCACGUUCCAACAGAUGUGGAUUUCUAAGACCGAAUAUGACGAGAGCGGUCCGUCCAUCGUACACAGAAAAUGUUUUUAAAUUUAAAAAAAACGCACACGCGCGAACAGAUAAACACGCACAUAUAAAUACAUUGUAUGUGUAUAUUAUGUAUUAUAUAUUCAUAAUAUAUACUUAUACCGUACCUACAUAUUUAUUUAAUUUAUUAAGUUAUUUGAAAGUAUAAACGGAUGAUUUAAAAAAGAAAACAAACCAUUACUUUAUAUGACAACUUUGGUUGGUUGCCUACUGAUAUAUUUAUUAUUAUUAUUAUCUUCUAUAAAAGCGAUUAUUAUAUAAUAUACCAUAAUAAUUAUACGGUAAAUGAUACCGAAAUAAACAUCUCAGGGAAAUUACGGUGUAUUUAUUUUUGUGCAU